AUGUAUGGAACAAAACGAAAAAGGAACCAUGGUGUUAGACGGGUUGCCAAUAAUGAUUUCACUAAUGUUACUUUGGAUGUUUUGGCUAAGAACACUUUGGAUGAAUUUAUUGUGGAGAGAAAGAAAAAGAUUGAGAAAGGUGAAGAGAUUUCACAACAAGAUUUGUUGAGCUUGAUGGUGAAAGCAAACAUUGAAAAUAAUGAUUUGACUACUGAUCAUGUUAAAUCGAAUGCAUUACUUCUCUUUUUGGCAGGCACGGAAACAAGUUCCAAUACACUGCAAUGGGUAAUUUAUGAGUUGGCCAAACGUCCUGAAAUUCAGAAACGAGCUCAUCAAGAAGUUGACGAGGUUCUUCAAAAUGGCAAGUUAGAUCCUUCUUUUCAACUCUACGAUUCUUUUGUGUUUUGUAAUGCCAUUAUUCAUGAAACUUUACGUUGUCAUCCACCUGUAGGCUCUCUCUCCAAACGAUGCAUUAAGAAUACACAACUUGGAAAAUUCGAAAUUCCCAAAGGUACUGCUAUUCAUCCUUUGAUUACUCAAGCCAAUAAGAAUGACCAAGUUUGGGAAUUGCACCAUACCUUCCAUCCAGAUCGAUUUGUCAAUGCGGAUGAAGUGAACAAGAGACAUUCUGAUUAUUCGUUGGUUUCUUUCAGCAUGGGUAUCCGAAAAUGUAUUGGAUACAAGUUCGCCUUGUACGAAAUGCUGAUGGUGCUCACUAGAAUUCUUCAAAAUUAUCAAUUUGAGUUAAUCAACGAUGAAAAUGUGGAUCCUGUGUUGGCCUCACCUCAUUUUACGUUCAAGCCGUAUAAUUUGAAGGUGAGAGUAUCCCGAAGAGGUGGUCACUAUUGA